AUGUUCUUGUGCCGAAAUUGGUUGCAAUUGGGGGUUGCCCAGGCACGACUUGCCGAUGCCCUCCAGAAGGACAGCUGCGUGCUAGUGCCGCUGGUGCCUAUGCCUACAGAACGCUGUGACUGUGUAACAGCGAUGCCUCGUUUGGGCGCAGGACAGCACAGGCAAGUCAGAGCUGUGGCGAUGACCUCAGCGACAUUUGCUGAGCAGAAAGCGGUGAAGCAAAAACCUACGCAAACUCAAAAACUUCUUCGCAGAAGGACAGAGAGAGAGACAGAGAGUCUGCGCAAGAGCGUGCUUCGGCACGGUCGCGGAGAGAGAGAGGUGGCCCCAUACUCAUAG